UAGGUUCAAACAUGUGCUUCAAGAGGGUAAUGUUUACAUGGUGAAAGGAGCUUAUGUUUCUGAUCCAAAGCAAUACAGGAAUCCAAUUGUGACAUGUAAUUACCAAUGGACGUUCAGAAAAGAUACUUCGGUGAAGGAAGAACCAAAUGAUUCUAUACCUGCUGGGGGACUAAGUUUUAGAACAACUCCAAGUUGCGAGUUCCACAAAUUCCUCUCAACAAAGACAUUGAUCAAUACUGCUUGUGUCAUUAUUGCUACCCAUGAACCUCGGGUAGUCACAGUCAAAGGACAGGGUAAAGUCAUUCGUGAGUAUGCUGCUAUAGAUACAGAGCUGGAAUCGUUUGUGGUGACAUUUUGGGAAGAUUCUGUAUCCGAUGAGAUCUAUGCUAAAUUGGAACCUAUUUCGAAUAGGAUACCAUUGUUGUUGUUGAAUUUUUCAGUCGUGCCAUAUUACGGAUUGAGUCUGACCACCAAUGCUCAGUCAAUUGUCUUGGAUGGCUUUGAGAAUGAAAUGCUAAUUGAACUAGAGAGAUGGAAGCAAGAGAAUGAAGAGGCCAUUAACAUCUUAAUACAAACUGGUGGUUUUUUUGAAAAGAAAGUGUUGCGCUCACCCAAGCAACCUUUGCAGAUUACUAAAGUGGAACAAAUGUUGCAGAAUCAAGAGAAUACAUACUUUAAUGUAAAAGUUAAAGCAAGAUUGGAAAAUGAAUACCAAGACUACUUUUACAUUGGUUGUCCAAUAUGUUCCACAAAGACAGUUGCAUCAUAUGGUACAGAGUUCAUGUGUUACGCAACUCCAUGCAAGAACAUGAGAAUAGCAAAUCGAAGCUUCAGAUUUAGUCUCAUGGUCUUUGAUGCGUCUGGACAAGUGGAAGUCACUUUUUUGGGGAAAGAAGCUCAAAAACUUCUUGGCCUAGAUCCUUCUGAGUUUUAUAAAAAACAAAAUCAGGGACCCAUAACGCAGGUGGAUUUUCUUAGGCAACGCCUAUGCAAUAUUGUCUUACUCUUAAAGUUAAAAAGUCGAAUAUUUAAAGAUGUUUGUACUUUCACUGCGGAUGCUAUUGAGAUUUUACAAGAUGAUGAUGCAAUACCAUCUGAGAAAAGUAGCAUUGAACCUGAAGCUCAUCUGGAGCAAGGGCUGCUAAAAAGUGCGACGAGACAAUUGGUUUUUCCCGAGUCAUUAGGUGAAAUAUUUCCAACUAAUUUUGUGAUAGCAACCAAUUAA